AUGUGCAAGUCUUUUAUGGAUUAUUCGAUAUCCCAUCUCGAAACAUCCAUCGACUUGGAACUGUAUUUAAGAUCACGGCUUUCAAGGCAUCUGCCUACAGCGUGUCACCGAUCGUCUCCCACUGUGUUUGCGCAUGGCUUGCACUGGCCGCUGCGCAUCAUUGCCGAGCAAUGGGCAUCAAUGUUCUUGACUUCUUCGGGUGCUGCUGCACGUGAGCGUCUGUGGGUAGAUCGCAUGCCAUGUGCUACCCCUUCACCGGAGCUUGUCGCCCUGUCAUCGAGGUUGCCUCAUGCCCUGCUCGCCUGCCAACGUACGCCAUUAUCGCACCUGUCCGCCUGCACUCUGCCCGCGUGA